GUUCUUUAUGUGUAUUUCCCUCUUACCCCCUAUCAUCUCUCUCUACCUCUCCAUUCUCCCUCUUUCUCUUCGAGGAUAAGCAAAGAGGGAUUUUACCCUAGAAGCAAUAAGGAUGUACAGCUUUAUGGGCGGCGGCCUGUUCUGUGCCAUUUUGGGGAACAUCCUAAUAGUGGUCUCCACAGCGACAGACUGUUGGAUGCAGUAUCGUCUCUCAGGCAGCUAUGCCCACCAGGGCCUGUGGAGGUACUGCAUGGCCAACAAGUGCUACAUGCAGACCGCAAGUAUAGGUGCCUCAAAGUUGUUCCCCUGGUCUCAUAAGAUGACAUCUGAGAUUACACGAGCUGUGCUUUGGUUCAUUCAAGCAUACUGGAAUGCCACCCGGGCAUUCAUGAUCCUGUCGGGAAUAGCAUGCUUUGCUGGCGUCAUGGCAGGCAUUCUGUCAUUUGCCCAUUUUUCUGCCUUUGAGAGGUUCAGUCGCUCCUUUGCUGCAAGCAUCUUGUUUUUCAUCUCCACUAUGUUUGCACUGCUCGCUAUGGCAAUCUACACUGGUGUAACCCUAAGCUUCCUGGGCAAGCGCUUUGGAGACUGGAGCUUUUCCUGGUCCUACAUACUGGGCUGGGUGGCCAUGCUAAUGACAUUCUUUGCAGGGAUAUUCUACAUGUGUGCCCACAGAACGUAUGAAUCAAGGAGAGUGGUUGGAAGUCGCUGAAGAAGAAAAGCGAGGCGACAUUUCAUAGCUCCACAAACAUCAGGACCUUUACAUUAUAAAAAUAUAAGACAAUGUUUACAAUACAGUUUAGUGCAUUAACAUACUGCAGGAAUAUAGUGAAAGAUCACCACUUCAAUGAUCUGAAAGUAGCAUUAGAAAAC